AUGAUGAAGAAUUACAGCGGUAGUCCGCCUCACAGUAACAACCAGAGCCCCCAUCACGGCCACUUCAGGGACCACCGCAACCACAAGUUGAGCUCGCUCGCCUCGCUUCCUUGGCGCUUGCCGCUCCGAGCCUAUGGAUUCUGCAUGGCGGCGCUUUUCGUCUUCUGCUUUGCCUCUCUCUUCUACCAGCUCAACGGAGGACCUCCAAGAGUCCUGCUGGACUUGCGACAGUUUCUCGGUUCAUCUACUUACGAGGAUGACCACGGACCUCCUAUUCCAAGAGUGCUCCCGUUCCCUAGCCAGGUGGUUUACAACCGCGUGGGCAAGUGUGGCAGCCGCACAGUUGUGAUCCUGCUGCGCUUGCUGGCCGAGAAGCAUCAGUUCAACUUGGUUUCGUCGGACAUCCAUAAUAAAACACGACUCACCAAGUAUGAGCAGGUGGAUCUCAUGAAGAACAUCAGCAAUAUCCCCCAGCCGUUCCUUUACACACGGCAUGUUCACUUCCUCAACUUUACCAGGUUUAAGAUCGAGGAGCCCGUCUACAUCAACAUUAUCCGUGACCCCAUUAACCGCUUCCUUUCCAACUACUUCUUCCGUCGCUUCGGUGACUGGAGGGGGGAGCAAAAUCACCUCAUCCGCACCCCACAGAUGAAAGAUGAUGAGAGAUACCUGGACAUAAACGUGUGCAUUCUGGAGAAUUACCCAGAGUGCUCCAACCCCAGAGUCUUCUACAUCAUCCCUUACUUUUGCGGGCAGCAUCCGAAAUGCAGAGAGCCUGGCUUGUGGGCUCUGGAGAGAGCCAAGCAGAAUGUAAUAGAGAACUACCUGCUAGUGGGCAUCUUGGAGGAGCUGGAAGAUGUGCUACUCCUUUUGGAGAGGCUCCUACCGCACUAUUUUACCGGAGUAGUCAAUAUCUAUAAAAGCCCUGACCACAAGAAGAUGGGCAACAUGACUGGCACAGUACGCAAACAUACGCCCACCCUGGAGGCACUGCAGGUGCUCUACCACCGCAUGCGCUACGAAUACGAAUUCUACAACUUCAUUCGGGACCAGUUCCACCUGAUGAAGAAAAAAUUGGGCCUGAAGUCUGAGGUCCGACCGCCCGCCUACACACCCGCCUUCCUCCGGGAGCUAGAACUGCGGACCCCCGAGCCACUGGACGAGGACGAGGAACUGGACACCGAUAUGGAGGAUGCAAACAACUGGCUAGUCCAUCAGUAA